AUGUGCCACAGAUUAAGAUCAACACUAGUGACAAACAGAUGUGUUCUACUAUGUUGUGUAGUGCUACUGGUGCUAUCCUGUGCAAUGCCGCCAGUCACUGCUCAGCACAACCAAGCCGAUGAAACGUGUGAAACGCUUCCCUCGGAAAUUCAUCUCAUCAAAGAGGAGUACGAUGAGUUGGGUCGGCUCUAUCGUACCUGCAACGGGGACGUUACAGUCAACAAAUGUGAAGGCAAAUGCAACAGCCAGGUCCAACCAUCGGUUAUUACGGCGACAGGCUUUUUAAAGGAGUGCUACUGUUGCCGGGAAUCGUUCCUGCGCGAACGACAACUACAGCUAACGCACUGUUACGAUCCGGACGGUGUACGAAUGACUGACCACGAGUCGGCCACGAUGGAAAUUCGCCUAAAGGAACCGGUCGACUGCAAAUGUUUCAAGUGCGGUGAAAUGGUUCGCUAACUUCAGCUAGUUCCGACUCUACCACAGCAAAAGCAUUCCCAGUAAUC